UAUAAGAGUUAUUGUUCUUGAAUAAUGCUUGAAUAGACAUUUGUUAUAAAUUUUAAGUUUGAAUCUGAUGAUAUUCUAGAUCUAUAUUAAUCUAGAUCGCAUUAAUUUAUGAUUUAGAGCUAUAAUUUAUAAUAUAUAUUUAUAAUAUAUAUUAACUCAUAUAGAAUCUAGAUCUAUUUAACAUAAACAAUGCCAUAUGCCAAUCAACCUACAGUCACUCUUACACAGUUGACAGAUGAAAACAUUAAAUUCCUAAUUGAAGAUACAGAUCUAAGUGUGGCGAAUGCAAUCAGACGAGUUUGUAUAGCUGAGGUACCUACAAUGGCCAUUGAUUGGGUCCAGAUUGAAGCAAACUCAACAGUGUUAUUUGAUGAGUUCAUAUCUCACAGACUUGGGUUAAUCCCUUUAACCAGUGAGGAAGUUGUUGAAUCCAUGCAGUAUUCUAGAGACUGCACUUGUGAAGAAUUUUGCAAUAACUGUUCUGUUGAGUUCACAUUGGAUGUGAAAUGUACAGAUGAUCAAACACGCCAUGUCACAAGUGCUGACAUGAUACCCAGUAAUCCUAAAGUCAUUCCAGUUACAUCCAAAUCCCGUCAAGAAGCCAAUGAGUAUGAUCAGGAGACUGAUGAUAUCCUCAUUGCAAAGCUCCGUAAAGGCCAGGAGUUGAAGAUCAGAGCCUAUGCUAGAAAAGGAUUUGCCAAAGAACAUGCCAAGUGGAAUCCAACAGCAGGAGUGUCUUUCGAAUAUGACCCAGACAAUGCUCUCAGGCACACAACAUAUCCCAAGCCAGAGGAGUGGCCAAAGAGUGAAUACACAGAACUACCAGAGGAUCAGAUUGAAGCACCUUUUGAUCUCUACGGCAAACCUAACAAGUUUUUUUUCAAUGUGGAAUCCAUUGGAACGCUAAAACCUGAAACCAUUCUGUUCUCCAGUCUGGCCAUCCUGAAGAGGAAGCUAAGUGACCUUCAGAUUCAACUCAGUCAUGAGAUCAGCAAUGACGCACUGGCUAUCCCAUGAUCCCCCACUACAAUGGCAUGGAAAUCUCUGUUACUAAGAACAUGUUGAUUUUUUUUUUUCCGUUUUCAUUUGGUUUGAACUGGAUUUUAUUGUCUUACAAUGUCACAUUAGUUCAAUACCAGGUCUGUGCUUGUUAGUUAAUUGUUUAGUAUCUCAGCAGUUUAGAACAAUUAAUGUAUUAUAGAAAAAUCAGUGCCAUUGAUAUUAGUGGUUUAUAAUUAAGAGUAUUUUUAUAUACAAUGUUAAAAUAAUGCUUUAAAGUAGGUAUUAAAAUUCUUUUGGCAUUUCCAAUCUUGAGACAGUAUCUUUUCCAGUUCUAGACAAUCAUAGAUUUCCUUUUUCUGGUCCUGCGCUAGUGAAAAAAAAAAGUUGCAAAAAGUACUCAGAUGAACCACAGUUUUCCACAAAUUACAUCAUCAUUAGGUUUGGAUGAUCUGGAAGAUGUAAAUUUGUGGGUGAUGAAAUAUUAAUCUGCUGUUUAUAAUCCUCCCCUUCUCUGUAGGUACAUACACAACUUAAUUAGAAAGAGUAGCCAACAUUUGGACUAAAUAAAGGUCUUUCAACAAAUUUUGAACUGAGCCAAAGAAUGACAAACAAAACUAUCCUUGACACCUUUUAAAAUGGGCCGCGGCCUUAUCAUUGAGAGAUUGGUGAAUAGCUCUAGGAAAAAUUCAAAGUUCAUUGUAAGGAUACUCUCCCUUUAUCAGGUUGAAUAUCAUUGUAGGACGGAAAAUUUUCAGCCUUGUUUUGGAUAUUUCCCUUGUUGUUUUAUUGUGAGUUGUCAAAUGGUAUCACAUCUCUUCACAUGUCAUUAUAAAUAAAUUCAUUUCAGCCACA